AUAAUUAACAGUCUAUGUAAAGAACCAAAGGAGUGGAAUUGACCUUUGCGUCUGCGCGUGACGUAAAAACUCCUCGACUCGACGUAUUACGUAAGAAGUGCUGUGCUAGCUUGCCGUUAGCUAGAGAAGAUGGAUUCUCCCAUACUGGAACCAUCCUUGUAUACGGUCAAAGCGGUUCUCAUUCUGGAUAAUGAUGGAGACAGACUUUAUGCCAAGUAUUACGAUGACACUUAUCCAACGGUGAAGGAACAGAAAGCGUUUGAGAAAAAUAUAUUCAACAAAACACACAGGACGGACAGUGAAAUUGCUUUGCUGGAGGGCCUGACUGUCGUCUACAAAAGCAAUAUAGACCUCUUCUUUUAUGUGAUUGGGAGUUCACAUGAAAAUGAGCUGAUGCUUAUGGCUGUUUUAAAUUGCCUCUUCGAUUCACUGAGUCAGAUGUUGAGGAAAAAUGUUGAAAAGAGAGCAUUGCUGGAGAACAUGGAAGGACUCUUCUUGGCUGUGGAUGAGAUCGUAGACGGAGGGGUGAUCUUGGAGAGUGACCCACAGCAGGUUGUGCAUCGUGUAGCUCUCAGAGGGGAUGAUGUACCUUUGACAGAGCAGACAGUCACCCAGGUCCUGCAGUCUGCGAAAGAACAGAUCAAAUGGUCGCUCCUUCGAUAGUCCUGUCCACCACUGAGCCUCUGUUCAGACCACACGGCACUGAUCAUUCUACUCCUUUUUUUAACUUCCUCUUAUCUUCAUGAAGUUGUGAGGAGUAUUACUGGCUGAUCAUUCCGGACUUCUGUUUUUGAAAAUGUAAUUUUCAUGAUUUUUAUGUUCUGCCUUUCUCAGUAUAAUCUAAAUGAAAUGUAUGCAUUCCAGUUAGGACAGGCUGGUGUUUGUUGGUUUUCUGUAUCAUUUAUGACACUUUUAUUUGAAGCAGAAUCUGUGGAUGUGAAAUAAGGAAGAACACCAUUGUCCAGAUUAAGACCACAUUCCUUGUCCCCUGUUGUAAGAUCUGUAAAGUUUGAAACAAUAUCAUCGUUUUUCUGAUCAUUCUAUGAGAAUAAAGUCAUUUUAGGUUCAAAUGGA